CAAAGAAAAAUCAGCUAAUAUCAGACCAGAACAAGAACCCCAUGCAGGUAGUUCCGCUAACAAAGAAGAAAACCCAUACUUGCAAGAUGAUGCAUCUAUUACAGAUGGUGUGGGCUUACAAGAAAAUGAUAUAACACAAGAUGAACAAAAGGAGCCUUUGUCACCUCCAAUAGAAAUAGACAACAAUAAAAGAAACUCUACACCAAGUAAAGAUAAGAACCUCUCACCUGACUCAAUAUCAGCACUAUGUGAUGAACUGGCUGCACUGUAUCUUAAUGCAGAACUACAGGCAGGAAACAAAAACAAAGAAGAAACAUCAUCUAUAAUGGAA